AUGGAAGACGGUAUUGUUGAUGAUCAAAGUGGCGAGAAGAAGUUGUUGUCCUACGCUCCGACAACAAUUCACCAAGCUAUUGUGACUGCUACUCCUGCUGUUAUAAACACUAUUCCUCUUCACAAUGAACAGAUCUUCCAUGGUGCCCCUUCUAAAGGUAUGGGUAGAUUGGAAGAAUUUGAAGACCAAUUUCUGGAAAUGCAAAAAGAAAUCAAGUCCCUUAGAGGAAAGGAUCUAUUUGGAAAAGAAGAAAAUGAUUUAUGCUUGGUUCCGAAUGUCAGAGUUCCGACCAAGUUUAGACUCCCAGAAUUUGAGAAGUACAAAGGGAAUUUCUGUCCUCACAGUCACCUGAUCAUGUAUGUAAGGAAAAUGUCCAUGCACACGGAAGAUCAAUGCUUGUUAAUUCACUACUUUCAAGAUAGCUUAUUUGGAGCUGCUUUGGAAUGGUACAUGGGUUUGGAUAGUACUCACAUUCGUACUUUCCAUAACCUGGAUGGAGCUUUCAUCAGACAGUACAAAUACAAAAUUGAUUUGGCACUGGACAGAGAUCAACUCUGUGCUAUGUUCCAAAGAGAAAAAGAGUCUUUCAAGGAGUACGCGCAAAGAUGGCGUGAACUAGCUGCUCAAAUCCUUCCUCCCAUGGAAGAAAAAGAAAUGAUCAAGGUGUUCCUUAAGACACUAAGCACAUUUUAUUAUGAGAAGAUGGUAGCAAGUGCUCCCAAUGACUUUACUGAAAUGAAUGUGCAGAAGCCUCAGCCUCAACAGCCUCGACAACAUGCUCCUCAACAAAAUCAACAAAGGAAAUAUCCACCUUUUGAUCCUAUUCUGAUGACUUAUACGGAAUUGCUGCCUUUGCUACUUCAGAAGAAUCUAGUUCAACUGAGGGAUCCUCCUCCUCCUCUUGCUAAUCCACCAUUUUGGUACAAGGCGGAUGCUCGUUGUGCUUUUCACAAGAAUGCUCCUGUUCAUACUGUGGAAAAUUGUUACCCUCUCAUGAGUGAAGUACAAAAAUUGGUCUGA